AUACGGUUUAAAUUUUUAAUUACAAUACUUGUAUUUUUAAGUAAAUAGAAAUGGAAAAUGAAGAAAGUAGCGAAGAAAUCGCAGAUGUAAUCCGAAAGAUUUCAAAUGUUCACUGUGUGGCAGGUCCUGUUCACCAAAAGUUAGAAAAAUUUAAAGCAUAUAACUGUAUGCAAGAGAGUGAAUUACAAGCAAUAUAUCACUUAGUGGAGUCUCACGUGCCGGGGCUACGUUUAAAAGCGGUGCUACGAUAUGAGAAGAUUUUAACCUCAGGGGGUAAUCCGUGCUCAGGAUCAAACAAUAAAGUACGCGUAUCUUUAUGUAAAAACAAUAUGUCGUCAAAUUGUGCAAAUAGUAAGGUCGAGGAUAAUGUUAAUAAUAUGCUUGAAAAAAUUAAGGAGAUGCCAGCAGAAUGGACAUUAAUACAGUUGACCCCACAAUUUAACGCUGAAGAAAAUGAAAAUAUUUCUAUAAAGAGACACUGUACGAAUUCCUUAACCCUUACAGUUUUUAACUGUGGACAAAAUCAACCAAAACCAUUUUGUGUUAAAGUAGAAAAACCAAUAGAUGAGAUUACAGGUUCUACUGUGGAGCUGAUGUAUGAAGCUCACUCAAUUAUGCAUGAUAAUAGAAAUACGUUAAUAUCUUCAAAGACACAAACUCACUUUAAAGGGAUAUCUGAAAAACAGAAUUACUAUGCAAGGCGGAAAUCCAUUGACGAUCGCCUAAAAAUGCUAGUUAAGGACCUACAAGAUUUAUAUUUAAAAGAAUGGAAAUGUUUCAUGGUUGGAAAAUAUGUGGAUAAAAAUUUGGGCAUAAGUGUGGAGAAACAUAUCAAAGAAUUCUUUCAAACUGAGGCCCCUUCAUUUAAUCUAACUGAAAAAAUGCAAACCAUUGUGCAGUAUUUAAUAAAAAGUGCCCACUAUCUCAAGUUAGUGGAACUUAAAAGUGCCUUACAAACUCUGUCUCCAGACAAAAAAUUACAAAAGCAGCUGGGACAAUUUAUUAGAAAUAUAUCAAAUAAGCUUUCAUUAAGUGAACAAAAAAGGCAUCCUUUAAUCCUGAUUCUUGAUGAUAGCUUAGAUUGUUUUCCCUGGGAAAUGAUGGACAUCCUCUCUAAUGUCUCAGUGUCAAGGCUACCAUCACUACAUCUAGCCUAUGCUUUAUUUCAAGAAUAUAAAGAUUCAAUUAAGAAUGGUUUUAAAAUCGUAAAAAAUCCAGAAAACGGGACCUACGUUGUAAAUCCUGAUACAGAUUUGAAAGGUAUGCAAAAUCGCAUUCUUAGUUUUUAUGAAUACUGGUUGCCCACUUGGCAAGGUGUUUUUGGUUGCAAACCUACUGAAGAACGGUUUGAGAAAAUGUUGGUGUCGAGCGAAACUUUUGCAUAUAACGGUCACGGUGGAGGCUGGCACCUCUUCCCAAUGAAUAAGGUUGAGAGAAUGCGUAUCAACGCAAUUGUUUUACUUUUUGGAUGCAGUAGCACGAAGCUAAAUAUACUGAGUCCACAAGUUGAAAUGUACAGUAGUUAUCAGAUGUAUUUGAUUGCCUGCAGCCCUUGCAUAAUUGGCAAUCUUUGGGAAGUAACAGAUCUUGACACAGAUAUAUUAACAACAGAGCUUUUAAGUACGUGGAUUCCUAAUCCAGGUAAGGUUCACUGGAAGAAUUUGGACAAAACCAAGUGGAGAAAAGGCGAAAUAGUCCAUUUCAGAAGUGAAGAAGAACAUUCAGAGUUGUUAAAUCAACAAGUCCAUGAACCUGAAUUGCUAAAAGCUUUAAGUGCUGCAAAAAAAUCUAGUCAGUUGUCUUUUUAUCUCACUAAAGCUGGAGUAGUAGCUAGAGGGAUACCAGUUAAAACAGUUAGCAAAUGAACUUUACUUAAUAAAUUCUAUACUAAAAA